GGCUGCAUGAAUACUCUCAAUUGGUACUGACGAUAGAAGUGUAUAACAAGUGUAUGGUACAAGUAUGGUUUUAAUGACUUGCGCACUUACGUUUUACAUCUCACGUACCUCUAUGUAUCUAAAAUACAACGCAGUUGCAUUUGAUCAAAAGAGAUCGUAAGAAUAGGAUUUGUUUAAUCGUUGUUCAACUACAGGAUCAAUUUGUGGACGUUCUACAAAAAAACAUGCAGUCAACCGUUUUAUCGUUGAUAAUAGUAGCUGCCUUUGCUGCAAAUGGUCAAUGUUUGAAAUGCUACAACUGCAACACCAUUAAUGAUAAGAAUUGUGCCGAUGAUAACUUUGGCUUCAGUCCCAAGGCGGGGACAUGCAAAGGGAGAAUACUAGAGCCAGAAACGUGGAAUACCACUGCUGUUCUGUUUGCACCAUCGAAGGAUACGUGCUGUGAGGGGGACAAUGUGGUAUGCGUAAAAACAACAGCGCAAUAUCAGGGUGAACCCGUGAAUGUGCGUACAUGUUUUCGGGACGUCAGUGACGAAAAAUGUUUUGAUUUAACAGUUGAUGGCGUUAAGACGAACGCAUGCGUUUGUAAAACAGACUUCUGCAACAGCGUUGACAGUGUCAGACCACAUUCAUCGAUCCUUCUGAUCGUUUCCUUGGUUAUUCUGUGGGCUUAAAUAAAGGCCAGUGGCCUCAACAUUAACAUAUCAACAAAGCAUGUUUAUGUUUAGGAAGUUUGGCUAGGAACAAAAUGUAGUAUAUACUUUUAAUGAUAUGGAAUUUAUUCUUUAUCAAAAUUGGACCAUGCAUCAUCCAUGUGAAACGUCGAACCAUAUGGUGUGCUGCCCCAGCAUUAAAAUAUAAAAAAAUCGCUUCAACUUUUCCAAAACUUGGAGCUUCCUAUUGGAAACACUCAUCAUAUACAAGACUCGCAUCCUCCUAUUGUACUUAAAACGAGCUUGACGUACUAGAAACGGAACGAGUUAGAACUCAUUGCAAACGGGUUUGAUCUGAAUAUGGACGUAUUAAAGACUAUGAUUAAAGAUUAUGAACGAGUUAUCAA